AUGGUCGGUUUCAUCGACUUCAACACCCACCCGCAUAUUCUCGGCGAGAUAAUAUCGUACCUCGAUUUUCAGACAAUGAACAAACUUCGCCUUGUCGGCUCGUGCAUGAAGAAUGAAGUCGACCGCUUCCAGUGUCUUGGCUGCUCAGCCACUAUCUCCUUCCCAGACGAUAUGGACGACGGUGGGCCGACGGGCGUCCCUGUUUCCGCCAAUGUGCACUUUCGGCGCCCGUUGGAGCUCCCUCCCGCGCCCGCAAUGUGGCUCCCGCACCGAGAUCCCCUCAACUGGCAGGAGUGGUACGCGGGGAAACCUCAAGCUGCUAUCCAUCAUGCGGCCCAACAUCGUCCUUUUCAGAUCAAUAUCAACUCUGAUAUUCUGCUCUGGGAUAUGAUAUCAGCAGAAUACGGCGGGGGCGCUGUUGCCGAGCUUCCCAGCCCACUCCGCCAGAUCCUCGAGACGACGAGCGGAGUGCGCAUGCUCCACACUCAUGAUAUGUUCCUGGAUUCAGUCAAACGCCUGGGCGUAACUCUCCCAGAGGAGACAAGCCCGGAGCUUCCCUCUAAUAUCAAACGCUUACACCUGCGGCUGUGGGACGACAAGUGCUCUUGUCGCAUCAGACUCGGCCACUCAGCUGAAACGCUGCGCAUCUCCCUCGAUCGAGGGCUCGAGGCCGAAGUGAAGCAAAGCCCACUGUGUUGUCUCAGCCUUGAUGUGUUCAAGCCCUGCGUCAAGCGUCUUUCCAUACAGGUCGACCUACUGGAUGACGCCGUCGAGUAUCUGCAGGCGAUCAAGUCCAAGCCGCAACAUCCGAAACUGUCCGUGUCCGUGCGUUGGAUCAGCCCGCACAUGCGCGUGCUGGCAGAGCAACCGUCUGCAUUGAGAGAGCAAUUGACGGCAAUGCUUGGUGUGCCUGUGACUGUCACGUUGGCAGACGAGGCGUGGCCGAUUAGGUAA